CAGGAAUGAAAGCGUUUUCCUCAGAGUUAAGGAGCAGGUUGGGCUUCGGUCACGAAUGAAUGUUACAGAUCGACCGGUGGCGAACAGCAGAAACUGCGCCGCUUUGAUACUUCACAAACAAACAGCCGCGCGCAUGGAGACGCAGACAUGAAGCGAGACAUCUGGACACUUUGCCGGGAUAUUUAGAAAGGAGCGCGGCAUGAAUUCAGGAUACUGAUUAGAGUUGACACUAGCCCUGUUCCAGUAGCAACUCUCUCCACACUUCACCUCCAACCCCCUCCUUAACUCCGAAACCAGGAAAUCAACAAGCAGUGCUGCUUAUCCUUCUUCCCACAGAUUAAAGAAAAACACCAGAGCCCUUCAGUGGGUUUAUCGAUGAGGCUCACGUCGAUCUCGUCGUUUUCUCUUUUGUUUUUGCCUUUGGAAGUUCAGCUUUACAUCUGAAGGGGAUCUGCACUGUCGUCGAACAAUGAGUGAGUCGAGUAUCUGUCAGGCGCGAGCCACUGUGAUGAUCUAUGAUGAUGCCAAUAAAAAGUGGUUCCCUGCAGGCACGGGCCCCCAGGCUUUCAGCAGGGUCCAGAUCUACCACAACCCCAGCAAUAACGCCUUCAGAGUGGUGGGACGCAAGAUGCAGACUGACCAGCAGGUUGUGAUAAAUUGUCCAAUUGUGAAGAGUUUAAAAUAUAAUCAGGCCACACCCAGCUUCCAUCAGUGGCGGGACGCGCGGCAGGUGUGGGGUCUGAAUUUUGGCAGUAAGGAGGAUGCAGCGCUGUUUGCCAAUGGCAUGAUGCACGCGUUCGAGGUUCUGAAUUCCAUGCCUGAUGGAGGUUACCCUGUGCGGCCCAUGUCAAAUGGACCAUCUCUAGAAGAGCUUGAGCAACAGAGAAGAUUGGAACAACAGAGACUGGAGCAGCAAGAGAGAGAACGACAAGAGAAAGAACAACAAGAGCGAGAAAGACAAGAAAGAGAACGACAAGCAGUUUCAGUCAUUCCUCCAGCGCCUCCAUUGGCACCUGGAGGUCCUCCGGCUCCCCCUGGACCCCCACCUCCACCGGGGCCCCCUCCCUCUGGACCGCCCCCUCCACCUGGGCCUCCCCCCUCUCUAGGAGGAGGAGCUCCACCACCACCUGGACCUCCCCCCUUAGGAGGAGGCGGAGCUCCACCACCACCACCUCUGCCGCCUUCUGGAGGAGAUGGAGGAGGACUGGGGGGCGGCGGUCUCGCUGCUGCCCUAGCAGCAGCCAAACUCCGCAAAAUUCCCAAGGAUGAUUCUGGUAGUGGAGCUGGUGGAAGCAAUGUUGUUGCAGCCAGUGUGCCAGCAGCUCCUAAAGCAGACAGCAGUCGUAGCAGUGUAUCUAUGCCCAGUGGAGGAGGAGGAGGCGGCCUGAUGGGCGAGAUGAGUGCAAUACUAGCACGACGGAGAAAAGCUACAGAUAAAGGAGAGAAGCCACCCCCAAAAGUAGAAGAGCCCAAUAAUGAUGAUUCUGAUUCCCAAGGCCCUGGUGAAUUUAGGAGACCGUGGGAGAAAUCAGCUACCAUGCCCAGGACUAAUUCAGCACCCCGAGGUCUGGACUCGCCCUCUUCCUCUGGCCCAUCUACCAGGAUGAAACCUGUGAACCAAUCAACAGAGGCUGAGAGUGAAGGGGAGUCAGAGAUGGAGCGAAUUAAACAGGAACUGCUAGAGGAGGUGAGAAAAGAGCUUCAGAAGGUUAAGAAUGAAAUCAUUGGAGCUUUCAUUCAGGAGUUACAGAAAAGAGGAUCUACAUAGUCCCUCAGAAAUCGAAGGGAUCACCUCCCAGGGAUACACAUACAUACACCCAGGGACUUAACCCUUAAUCAUUACCAUUCAACCCAACAUGAGUUUUCUUUUACAUAGCUUUAUUAUUGCCAUUUCAUCUGUCAAAUUCACCCCUUUUCCUCUUUCUCUUCUCAUUUAGUUCCACAUGUUUUACGUACAUUACCACCUCCUCUUUCACACACUUGAUUCCUGUAAUCCACAGAACAUAAAGCCAGACAUCCUCACCGUAAACUAUUCAGGGACCGUAGCAUAUCAGUUAUCCCAGUGACUGUAAUGGCCAUAUACAGCCCUGUAUGAGCGACAGGGCCGCAUUAUGAUGCAGCAUUAUGGAGGCAAAAACGAGACCUGCAGUACACAAAUCUUUAUUUGGAGAUAUUCACACCAGGCCUGAUUUUGCGACUCUUUCUCAGUUCAAGGGGGAUUCUUCAGGUUCAGUUGUGUAUGUGUGGUAUGCCUCUUUUUUUUAUCUAUGCCAUCUUGUAUGCUUUUUUCUGCCCUCCGCUACCCGGUGGUUCAAACCAGCCGUUCUUAAGCUUCAGCCAUCAUUUGAGAGAUGUUUGCAAACUUUGUGUUGAGAUAUAAAAUACUACAAUGAUCAUGAUCAUUUUGUCCUGUGGCCAUGCCAAACUGCCUUGGAAAAUACAUAUAAAUAUAAGUAUAUAUUAGGUAUAUUUGUUUGAGGGAAAAUGAUAAUGUUUCUAUUUUAAUUGAAAUGAUUGGUUUAUGGGAACUUAUUGUGAUUAUUAUUGUUUUCUUUUCAGAGAUUGUUAUUUUGGAUUUUCUGUAAUUUUUUUUCUAUAGUAUAUAGGCUUUUUACACUGAAAUAUAAAGAAAUUGCAUAGAGACACUGGAUUAGAUGCCUUUAUAGUCAAAUACAGCUGCUUCUUCUACCACACUUGUGUUUUUAUCUGCAUGCCACACUUCAUGAGAAAAAAAACAAAACAAUUAUAACUAAUUUUAUGGCCAUUUCUGGCUGAUUUUUCUUGAUUUGGGUUGUUUUUUAGUUGUUGUUUGUGAUGUAUGAGCUACAAAAAUGUAUAUUAUAAUCAGAGUUGGGAGGGUUACUUUUGAAAUGUAUUCCACUACAGAUUACAGAAUACAUGGAGUAAUUUGUAACGUAAUCCAUUAGAUUACUCAAGGUCAGUAUCAUAUUCUAAAUACUUUGGAUUACUUCUUCAGCACUGGUAGAUUUUUUCACUUGUUUUGACUAUAAAAACUGUCAGUACAGUAAAACAAAAUACACAUGUUAAAAUACAUUCUCUGAAAAACCUCAAUAUCUUCUGCAGUGUUGUUUCUAAAUCAAGAUCAAUCAAACUCAUCUUUUUUAAGGAUUUUUACAGGAAAACUAAAACAUUAUCAAGAAUAUGAUUUUUGCACUAAUAUCAAAGGUCUUACAAGAAAAAAAGAAAUUAUGAUCCAAUGUGAAUUUUCUUGAUAAAAAAAUAAGAUUGUGUUUGGCAUGUGCAUGUAAAAUGGCUAGAAAUAGCAUUUUAGCUUAGCAUAAAGCUAACAAAUUACACAAUGUUUAUUUCUAUUUCUUCUGCUCCAAACUUAGUUCAAACGUACUUCUCUGUCUGCUCGUAUGAACUUAACACAUCAUAAGAAAGUGUUUCUCUGCUGUUCAAAUGCACUUUGGAUCACAUCAUUUAUAUGUAUAAAUGUUUUCCAUCUGAAAGCACUAAAUAUUAAAUUAAACAAAUGACAAUAAAAUGCAAAGUAAUCUCUGCA